CCCAAAAACAUGUAAAUAUCCCCCCAUUAUAUUCAUUGUGAAAUAUUGCCAGUUCUUUCAAAGAUCUCAAAUUUUAAAAUAAGUAAAUAAAACCUGGGACUAUACUGUCUAUGAUGGAUCUCAUAGAAAAAAAACAGGUGCUGAGAUGUUUGUUCAGUUAUCAUCCAGAAAGAAAAGACCCUCUGAUGUUGGUAAGUUAACUACCUCUACCAUUACCUCUAGUACAUUGAUUAGAGAUCUUUCCAUUUCUCUAGGACCUUGAUAACAGAAGACAUUUUAAAAAGUGAGGUCCCUCCUUCAUAACAGGAUUUCAAUGACACUUGCUAGAAGAAUGCCUUCUAUCAAUGACACCCAGUUCCAUCCCCCCGUCUUUCUCCUGCUGGGAAUACCAGGCCUGGAAACUGUACACACCUGGAUUGCUUUCCCAUUCUGUAUUGUGUACCUGAUUGCACUUGUGGGAAACAUUACCAUCCUUUUUGUGAUCAUGAUUGAACACAGUCUCCACCAGCCCAUGUUCUACUUUCUGGCCAUGUUGUCUAUGAUUGAUCUGGGUCUGUCCACAUCCACGAUCCCGAAAGUGCUGGGAAUCUUCUGGUUCAAUCUCCAGGAGAUCAGUUUUGAGGAAUGCCUUACUCAGAUGUUCUUUAUCCACAUGUUUUCAGGCAUGGAAACUGUUCUACUGGUGGUCAUGGCCUAUGACCGUUUUGUUGCCAUCUGCAAACCUCUCCAGUACACCAUGAUCCUCACCAAUAAAACCAUCACCAUUCUAGGCUCCGUUGUUGUUGGAAGGAAUUUAGUUCUUGUGACCCCAUUUGUGUUUCUCAUCCUGCGGCUGCCCUUUUGUGGGCAUCACAUCAUCCCUCACACUUACUGUGAGCACAUGAGUCUUGCCCGAUUGGCCUGUGCUCCCAUCAAGGUCAACAUCAUCUAUGGGCUCAUGGUGAUUCCUAAUAUUAUUGUGGAUGUGAUCCUGAUUGUCUCUUCCUAUGUGCUCAUCCUCCGAGCUGUUUUUCGCCUUCCCUCUCAGGAUGCCCGACUAAAGGCUCUCAAUACCUGUGGUUCCCAUGUUUGUGUCAUGCUGUGCUUCUACACACCAGCAUUUUUUUCUUUUAUGACCCAUCGUUUUGGUCAGAACAUUCCCCGCUAUAUCCACAUUCUUUUGGCUAAUCUAUAUGUGGUUGUUCCACCUGCCCUUAACCCAGUCAUCUAUGGAGUCAGGACCAAGCAGAUCCGGGAACAGGUUGUGAAGAUAUUUGUACAGAAAAAACAAUUCCAAAGAGGUGGAAAAAUAUAUUAAUAUACUACCCAAAAUAUGAUAAUCUGAGCUCUAUUUUACAUCUUCUAUAACGCGGAGUAAUGAUGGCCAAAUUUUUCAUUUUGAUUGGCAGUGGUUUAGAGUAGGCAGAUAAAAGAAAGUUAUCUCUACUGGUACUCCUCUUUCCACAUGUAUCUGGGCAAAAGACAGAGAGUAAUGGAGAAAACAGAUAUCCUGAGAGCAGUGGUUUUAGAGCAGAAUGGCAGGCAAAGAAGAGUGCAAAUUGUCCCCAUUUCUUUGUAUGCCUUCUCUUAUAAAAAAAAAAAAAAUUUUUUUCUCUUAUAGGUAAGAUUAAAACUUGAAGGAACUCUCAUCUAACGAGCUCACUUUUUUUAAGUUUAUUGUGCUUUAAUUGAAAGUUUACAAAUCAACGAGUCUCUCAUACAAAAUCUUAUACAUACCUUGGUAUGUACUUCUAGUUGCUGUUCUCCUAAUGAGACAGCACAAUCCUUCUCUCCACCCUGUAUUCCCAUGUCCACUCAGCCAGUUUCUGUCUCACUCUGCC